AUGGAGCGUCAGCCGCAGAGCAGCCACGAUGCCUAUGCCGACAUGGAGGCAGCCGUCGCCGGCCUCCUCAACCUGGGGGUCGACAAGGAGUGGGAAGAAGCGCACGGGGUGAACCGCGCGGAGACCUGGCCUCCCGCAGAGGGGGGAGAGGGGCAGAAGGCCCAGCCCGAACCGGAAGGGCAAGAGGCGGGAGACGAAGGAGAAGGCAAGCAAGGCUGCGAUGUCAGCGUCGGAGCUGCCGGCCCCGCGGACGGCGAAGACCGCGAGGCCGAGGCCGGGGCGGGCGGCGGCGAAGGCGGAGAGCAGGGUGGCGAGGAGCGGCCCCCGCGGGCCGCCGUCGAGGGUCCCGAGGCCGCAGGUGGGCAGCGGCGGAUCCUCCACGCCAGGAUUACGCAGGUGCAGCUGCCACACCCGGAGCGCAUUUUCCGGCAUACUCCGUACCCCGACGCGCGCACGCGAAAGGAGCUUGCAAGAGGCGUGGGAGUGCCUGAAUCCGGAGCCCAGGCUUGGUUUCAGCGUAGAAGGGCCAAGUGGCCGAGACAUCAGAGGCCAGUAAUGUUGAGAGACGUGCCCCCCGUGCCCCCGGUGCCCCCUGUUAUCGUCAGCUUGUGUGAACCCUGCAGUGCCAACCUGCUUCAGCAGCUGGAUUGGGUCUUCGUUUAUCUGGAGUCACUGCCGCUGCCGCUGCCCCUGCUGUCCGGGCUGCCCAUGCCCCACAUGCCACCCAUGCAGCCCAUGCCCCCCAGGCCGCCCAUGCAGCCCAUGGAGCCCAUGGAGCCCAUGGAGACCAUGGAGCCCAUGCAGCCGAGGCCGCCCAUGCCGCCCAUGCAGCCCAUGCCCCCGCCGCCCUGGCCGCCCGUGCCUCCCAUGCCGCCCUGGCCCCCCUGGCCGCCCUUUCCUCCUAUGCCUGUGCCCCCUCCUCCCUGGCUUGUUCCACACUUGCUUCACUGUAGGUGCCCUCAUGUGGCCUGGGAUGGUCCCUUACCAUUGGCGGUCCUUCAGCAGCCCCCGCUUUGUCUUGAGUUGUCUCUGUGA